UAAUGCGACAUUUCGCGGAAAAGUCACGAGUAAUACACAAAGUAUUACAACAGCGACAACUUAUACGCAUGACAUAUAUAUUUUCACAAACACCCCUUUAUGUGCAUUUAUCAGCCAGUAUUGAUGGAUUCAUUCGCUGACAGUUUUAGUAAACUCUUCGUAGUUCAGCCAGUUGUUGGGUUUUUACCGUAGACUGUUUUUUACUGGGUCACCGGGUUCAGCUAUGGACCCAAAACACAAAAGACUGCUCCGAUCUCAGCGGCUUUUUCUGGCCGAGGAGCUUUUAGUGGACGACAUGAUCAUGCAGUAUUUAUACCAGGAGGAGAUCUUAACGGAGAGUCAUUUAGAGGAGAUUCAGGCCGAGCCGUCUAAUAAGAAAAAAACCUUAAGGCUGCUGGAUGUUCUGCCCACGCGAGGCUCGCGCGCCUUCCUUCACUUCAUUCGCGCGCUAGAGAAAGACUUUCCCUGGAUCAAAGACAAACUGCUGCGACUGUGUGAAGAAGACCACGAGUCUCCUCCUCCUCUGUCCUUCGCAGUUGAGUGUGGUGUUCCUGACCGCAUCCUCUCGACCGUUCCGACCACGCAGCAUCUGAACCGCUUAGCCGCUCGUCUCAGUUCAGAGUGGAAGUCUGUGCUGCUGGACCUGGGCCUGUCCCCUGCGGAUCUGUACCGGUGCUGCGCCGACCACCCCUUCACGGUCCAGAGUCAGGUGCUCGCCGGGCUGGUGAUGUGGACACAGAGGAACGGAAGAGAAGCCACAGUACAGCGGCUGCUCCAGAGCUUGCAGGCCGCAGACAUCCCGCCAUCUGUCCUCCAACAGGUGUUUGUGUGACAUAACAAGUCGUGUUUUUCUGGACUUCAUACUGCUCUAGAGCUGUUGGAAAACACAUGACAGACACCAAAGGAGAAGAAACAAAGUGUCCUUUUUUUGUUCCAGGAAUGUACUGAGACUCCAUCAUGUUGCUAAUACGGCUAGAAAAAUGAUGAAAUUAGUCAUAUUGUAUUUUAAUAUAUAUGCCUUUUAAUAUUAAAACAUUUGUUCUUAAUUAUGCUUCAGAAAUGCCCUUAAAUUUGUCCAUUUUUGUUUGAAUUGCCACAGAAAUGACUUUGUAUUUAAAAUGUAUUUUACACCUAUAUUGCCUUUCUACUGCCAAUGAACGAAGUCAGUUUUUUCUGUAUUUGUACAAUUAUUUCAUGUUUACUGUAUUGGUAAACACUGUUUCCUGUCCCAGAUAACGUGUGUCCCAGAUGAGGUGAGACGAGUUAAGACACUUUAUGCAAUCUUUAUCUGAAACUAUUUACCAGCUGCUUGCUGAUACAAGUGACGUUGUUAGUGGGGUCAUGCUUUCCAUUUCUCAUUCAUAAACAAGCUGUUCUUCCCACUGAUUCCAUCCAGUAAUAAUACUCUGAAACGCCCACAUGGGAUUUACCUUCUCGGACUAGUAACCAAUUCUUUUGUCCUACUUUUAAAGCACCAUUUCUAUGCUGUUUACGGUAACACCGUAGUAUAGGGACCAAUUCUCACUAUUUAUUAGCAUGCAUGCCUGUUUAUUAGUGCUUAUGAAGCACAUAACCCUAUUCUACAUCUCUAUAACAACUGCAUUGCUAACUAUUAAUUAAUUAACUAGGAGCAAAUGAACAAGUUUACUGGGGCAAAAGUGGUGAUGUUUUUUUUUUUUAAAUAAAGUGUUACCCAUUUCA